AUGGAUGAAGUGGAGGGCAGAGCUGCUGCACAGGGGGAACGCAAAGAUGUCCACGGCGAGACGUGUAAGGAGGGAGCCGGCCUCGCAUCUCAGGUUGUGUCUAAGUCCCUAAGUCAUGUGCUUGGGAGACCUUUACCUCUUGCAGACAUCUUGCCCACCUCGGCCCCAAGGCACGCUGCGGGUUCCCGGGGCCCGGGCGCCCCCUGCGCGGCGGCCCCAGGGGCUUUGUUCUCCACCCCGCCAACCCCUGCGGCCGGUCCCCAGACCCGGUUCACGCUCGUGCCUGGGUCUGCUCUGCUCCGCUCGGCUGCGGGCGUGGAGGAGCCAGUUUGCGGUCCUGGGGCCCUGGCUUUUGUUUUCCUUCCUUUCUCGCUCCGCUGGAAGCAUUUCCACUUAGGAGGAAAGCCCCGGGCCAACGCCCCCGGAACGGCGUCCUGCGCGCCCCUGGGCCCCGGGCGCCCGCCCUCGCGCCCAGCGCGGCGUCUCCAUCCCGGCGGCCAAGGGGACACGCGUCGUCCGCCGGUGCUCUUUCUGGGAUGUUUGGAGAAGUGCAAGGUUAUCUCACGUGAUGUUUCGCCCAGCCACUCAGUAAGGGGCUGUGCGUGCGGAGGAAACAUGGUAGAAUGGUGCUUACCUCAAGAUAUUGACCUUGAAGGCGUUGAGUUCAAGUCAAUGGCCAGUGGGUCCCAUAAAAUCCAGUCUGAUUUCAUCUAUUUUCGAAAGGGACCCUUCUUCGGCCUGGCCUGCUUCGCCAACAUGCCCGUGGAGAGCGAGCUGGAGCGCGGGGCCAGGAUGAAGUCUGUGGGCAUCCUCUCUCCUUCCUACACCCUGCUCUAUCGGUACAUGCACUUCUUGGAGAACCAGGUUCGGCACCAGCUGGAGACACCUGGACAUUAUUCUCAUCUCGCUGCAUUCUAUGAGGACAAGAAAGGGGUGCUCCAUGUGGGACCUGGGAGAGGCAGCAGCCUGCCCCCUGUCUACUGGCUGCCUUCCAUCCACCGCUACAUGUACCCCGAGAUGAAGAUCACUCACCCCGCUGGCUGCAUGUCUCAGUUUAUUAAGUUCUUUGGAGAGCAGAUCCUCAUUCUCUGGAAAUUUGCCUUACUCCGGAAGCGUAUUUUGAUAUUUUCUCCCCCACCUGUGGGCGUUGUGUGUUACAGAGUGUACUGCUGCUGCUGCCUGGCCAACGUCUCACUGCCUGGCAUUGGGGGCACCAUCCCCGAGUCCAAGCCCUUCUUCUAUGUGAAUGUGGCCGACAUUGAGAGCCUGGAGGUAGAGGUGUCCUAUGUGGCCUGCACCACAGAGAAGAUAUUCGAGGAGAAGCGGGAGCUGUACGACGUCUACGUGGAUAACCAGAAUGUGAAGACCCACCACGACCACCUGCAGCCCCUGCUGAAGAUCAACAGUGCCGACAGGGAGAAGUACCGGCGGCUCAACGAGCAGAGGCAGAUGUUGUUGUACUCCCAGGAGCUUGAAGAAGACUACAACCCUUGUGAAGAGGACCUCUUUGUGCUGUUUUUCCUCGAGCAGAACAACCGGAUAUUUCAGACUUUGUUGGAGGUGUCUGCCAGUCAGGACAAAACUCUGACAGCAGAGCAUGCCCGCGGCAUGGGCCUGGACCCGCAGGGAGACCGGAGCUUUCUUAUGGACCUGCUGGAGGCCUAUGGCAUCGACGUCAUGCUGGUCAUUGACAACCCUUGUUGCCCAUAGGAAGAGUGACGCGGGAUUGGUGAGCCACUCGCAUAGGAUGACAGCAGCCUGGGGUGUACCCCAGGCCCCCAUCAGCCUGGUUUUUAAUUAAGUUGACGCAAGGAAGAUUGUUUAUACUUUCCAACAAAUGUGAUUUUUGCAAAUUCCUCUCUUCCCUUCUUGUCUAGAGGUAAGGUGAGAUGGCCUUGGUUUUGCAGCCUGCUUUGGGAGCGCAUGGGAAUCUACAUUGUCUCGCAGGGCAGCUGGUCUUUGGGUUUGGUCUCAGAGGGUUUGUCCGUACGAGUGAGCUGAGCUCUGGAAACUUCGGGUGGACUGCCAGAAUGUCUGUGGUUGUCCCUUGGUGCAUUCAGGAAUACAGCAGACAUUCUGUGUGGCCUUAGAUGUUCAUCUGCCCAAAGGCAGAAAGUAGCGCAAAUGACCUUUCAAGGUCAUCCAGUUCAAGGAGGCGGCGGUAGUGGGAUCAAAUCCCUCUUCCUGUUCCUUGGGGCAAGUCUCUGUCUUCUCUGUUCAUUUGAGAAGGGACCACUGGGAGGGACAAGAGGAUAUUUCUUACACAAAUAGGGUGUAGCGCAGUGGAUGCUGUAGCAGGCUGCAGAAGAACUGAGUUUCUCCAUUUUGAUGAGGAUUCUCUGGAGGUGCUGACAGCAGCCCCUUUGGAUCAGAUAGAUCCACUGGACCCGGGAAGGCUAGCCAGGAUCUGGUUGAGCUGGUCAACUCAGGUUGGAGCACGCCGUGUUACAAGGACUGUUUACUGUGCGCAGCAGAGGUGACAUUCCUUAGGUCAGUAGUUGGGUCCAGACCUAACUGAUUUGUUAGGAAGUCUGGCGGUGCCUUCCCCCAGGAGAGUGGUCAGUAACCCCUGUGUGUCCAUAGUAUUCUUACCUGCUUGCCAGUGAAAUGUGUGUUGUCUGGAAUGGGUGCCCUAGUCACCUGCCUGUUCUCUUGAGCUGGGUUAUUCAGUGAGUACAAGACUAGGUCAAAGGGUAGUUGGUAAGCAUAGUCUGAAAGCCAGCUCCCAUGAGCAGAAUUUAGGAUUUCGACCUGGGCUCUUGGGUUAUUGGUAACAAAUAAUCUCUUCCCCUUCUUUCCUGCCUGGUUCUUGUUAUUGAACUUCUUAUGAUUAGCCACUAGUGUACCAUCGUCUGUACCCAGGCCAGGCUUACCAGCCAGCAGAGAGAAUAACCUUCCAUAACAUGUCUUACCUGACUGGUUUCAAGUUCUUAUUUCAUUCAAAAGUAUUUUCACUGUACCUCCCUCGUACAGAAUUUAAGAGUGAAGAAAUUAAUGUGCAUGGAAAUGCAAAGAUGCUGAUUAAGCAAGGUAGCACCUCUUAUGCAGACCUAUAAAUAGUUUUGGGUAUUGAAAUGUAAACUGUACAACUAAUACGCUGACUCCCGUGCAGGGUGGGUUUAGCUAUCGUUCCAGUAACACGUUUACAAAAGAAAACACAUUGGUGUUUAGCAGCUAAAAUUUUACCUUUUUUCCAUUUCUGGGCAGCAGUCCCUUCUGGCCUCACAAGGCUGAGGAGGACUGGCUCAGCUGGGUUAAGACUUGUAGUGGCGUCUAGGUUCAAGGUUUUCUGCUUUGGGGGUAGGUGGCUGGAGACAGACACAGCGGUGACAGGAAGGGCCUGAUUCUCCUGGGGGACCCAGGCAGACCUUCUUUCUCUGAAUCUGGAAGAUCUGCUAGAAGGAUGCUGUUACCAAGCACUUCUGCCCCAGGGCCUUCUACACGUGAACACUUGUUUCCGCGCUGUUCUGCUGUAAACUCAGAUGUGCUGAUGUAACAACCGCAAGGGUAAGAAGAGGUUCCUGGAUUUCCCUUUAAAUGGCGAGUCAGGGUUUGUGGGCACCUUUACCAGGGAGCUCCGUCUGGCAGCUCCUGUGUCCCCCGUGCUUGUGCUGAGGGCUGUGGUGUGGGUGGCCCUGGAGGCAGGGCCGUGUGUUAGGUCACAGGGCCUGGGCUCAGCUGACGGGGAGCAGAACUUCUCCCUCAGUUCUUCCUGCUUUCCCAGCUUCCCCGCGGGACCAGAAAUCUGGUACAGAGCCCCCGCUUGGCUAAACUACAUGUGUUAGCUCUUCACCAUCCUUACCGCGGUUCAUCCUCCAGAGAUGUCUGCCUGGCCCGAGAAGCCUCUGGCUUCUGAGGGCGCCCUUUGAAGCCUCAUUUUAGUACCAGGCUAUGCUCCUCACAGCAGAGCCAGCAGGCACAACCCGGCAUCCUUUGCUGCCAGUUCCCGUAAAGGGCUCAUUUGGGAAGACCUAGGCAGGAAUCCCUCUGCAUGAGUAGAAGUAAGGAGCCAUGUGGACCCACUUUUUUGUCACUCUUGAAACAUUUGCUGAAAAGCCAUCUGCCUUUGUUGGGAAGAAACAGCGAACAUCGUGCCAGCUUGUAGGCCUGCGAGCGCGGUAGGCCAGGCAGUAUUCUCACCGCUGGCUGUGGGGGCUGGGCCGGGAACCUGUGCAUGGCUCCAUGCGCUUGCUGCUGGUGGCCCUCAUCCGCCCUUGCCCAAGCGGGCUUAGUCCCAGGGCGCUGUAACCCUGACCUGGUGCCACACUGCAAACGUGCUCGCCCGGAACACUUGGAAACCUGUGAUGCAGGGGCUGCCCACGUGUCCCCGAGUUAGAGGACAUUCCUGGUGGCAAGAACCCUGUGGGAACUGGCAGCCAGGACCUGGCAGGGUCUGUGUUGAGUAUGACAGAGGCCUGUUAAAAUGGAUGUUUUCAAUUGUGUAAGGUUCAGCAGCUGGUCAUGCUCAGCCUUUGGGGCAAUGGCCAGUUGUUGGCUAGCAGAGGACUCUUUCUCCAGCAGUCAGAAAUGGUAGGGCUCAUCUCCUGCCAGCCUGAAAAGUAUACACCAGAUCACUGCUUAGCAUCAGCUUUGGCUUUGAAGGUGAAGCCUGCCUUACGCCUGGUGUGAACCUGUGCCGAUGUCACUGUUUCCCUGGGACCUGUGAGUCCUCAGUUGAUUGUGAGUAUAUGACUUGGAAGGCUUCUGCUCCUAUGCCCACCAUCCAUUCUGGGAGCUCCUCUUCCAUCUGGCCAGGGGAGGGCAGCCCACCUCGUUGCCACACGGACAGAAGUGGUUUAGCCUGGGCAUUCCAUCUAUAACUUACAGUGUUAUAAACCAGGCAAAACUCAAGGCAGGAAAGGUAAAAGUAGCAUCCAGGGCUGGGGAUUUAGCUCAGCGGCAAAGCGCCUGCCUGGCAAGCACAAGGUCGUGAGUUCGGUUCCUGGUACCAGAGAAAAACUAAAAAAAAAAAAAAAAAAAAAAGUAGCAUCCGGGUGCAGAUGGUGCCAGAUGCCAUAUGAAGAUUCGUUUAUCACGUAACUACCUAUGGCGUUUUAGCUAGAAGAUGAAAGGUAAAUUAACCCAUAGAUACAUCACUGUUUUCCUUCUGGCAGCCAGGAGGAUGAACUGGUCUUGAUAUACUGGAAGCCCUUCCAACACAGUAACUUUUCCACUGAGGCCUUCAGGGAACCUUUUGUAAAGGUGAUAAUGAAUUAACUUUUUGUAGCAGGAUAUUAACCUCCAGGAAAAGGCAGGGAUAUUAGGACUGUGUAUUUCCCUUAGAAACUGCACCGUCGAGAGUGGACUGAGAUGCUUUCUCCUGGGCCAGAAGUAAACGUGGGCAUGACAGUGACCUUGUCCCAGCGUGGGGAAGAGUUCAAAAACGGGAUAAAAAACUAAUACGGAGACCAAGAAUCUCUCGCAGGCUGGUGUGUCCCUUAGGUUCCAGGCUGGCGAGCUCGUGUCCCAGCUGUCUGGCCCUCCUGUGUCCUCCCCAUGCCUCACGGUUACACCCGGGUGAGAAUCCUGAGAGCUACAGGCUUGCCUCAAAGGCCCGGUCCCAUCCCUUCCCAUUUCAGGAAAAUCCUUUUCUGAUUCAGGUAGGGGGAGGGAGGAGUGAAGGGCUCCUUUUACUCCCAAGUCAUGGACUUCCAAUACCCCGUUUUUACUGCUAAUAUACCUCUAUUCCCAGGAGCUACUAGAGCGCCAAGUGUGGUGGGAAAGGACUAACUGUGAAUUAAGUUAAUUUUUUUUUUUUUAGAAGAAAUGGAAGUUUAUUUUUAUAUCAAUGUUACUGUGAGAUGAACUGAGUAUGGAGCUGUUGAAACUGUAGGACUAUGAUCCUAGAAGAAAUGGGCGAUUUUGUAGUUUGGCAGUGGCUGAAACCUUUACGGCCUUGACUAUGUAAAUGUCUUAGAGGGCGAAUAAGGACGUUGUGCUGUGUGACCUUCACAGCACUCCUGGAGAUGAAGUGACAGUCCCAGGAAGGAGGACACACAGCAAGGACCCAGCCUUAGGAAACCUCUAGGACAGAAGUUCUGUUUUUCAGGCCCUCAGUCAACUGGAGACAGGCGGGAAUGAAUGGGAGGUCGUUUUAACUGGCACUUUAAUUCAUUUUGGGAGUUGGAAUUGAGAAGCAGAUAAAGCUGCAAAUGUGGAAAGGGAAGAGGAAAUUUUCUAGUACCCUAUAGAAGGGACGAUGGAUAAGUAAAUCCCUGCUUCUACCUUUUUAGAAUUUAUUCUCGAUUUUCAGUGUAACAUGGGAUUUUAGCGGUAGUGGGGCCUAAAUUCAGAAGGUUUAUUUAAUACUCUAGUAGAUAGGUGUGACUUCUGUUUGCUGUAGAAGCCUGGUAGACUAAUGAGGCGCUGACUCUGCUUUCUAAGGACAGUCAGGGUACGGGGGUAUGGUAAGGCAUUAUAAAUUGGCCAGAGAUGACGCACACAAUGAAAACGCCACCCUGAGGUAAUUGAGUUAGUUGGUUGAAGUAGAUUUAACAUUAGAGUGAAAAUUUUCUUUGGGUAAAUCAAGCAAAGAUGAAGUACAAAGAAAGUGUUAAGAAGACAUUGAGAAUUGGGGUCUAGGAUGCCUACCGUGGCCCCAGUAGGACAAGCUCUAGAUGCUGUGCUUCUGGACAGCCUGGACCGGACUUCCGGGGCUCAGUAGACACAAACCGAAUGUCCUUUAUUUACCCACAGCUUGUUCACUACAUUUUUUUACAGAUCUGGGAUAUAAACCUUUCCUGAAAAAGAAAUCAUGGUAACCUUGGAAAACCUGUUUUCCUGGUUUUUCCAAGUUAGGAUCAGUAUAGCUUCUCUGUUGCCUUAAAUUGUAAAAACCCUAUUUUUGACUAAUACCCCAGCUUAAGAAUUAUAGCAAUAAGAGAAAUUGAAUCUACUUUGGUUCAAGUUUUUACCUUGUGAUGAAAUCGGAAAGAUGCUUCCUAAGUUUUACCCUGGACAGGGUAAAGCAGGUGGGUGGUGACAUUCUAUAUUCAGUGGUGACAUAAAGGCCUGAAAAAAGCUGAGGUACUCCUGAGACUAAAUGUUUCUCGCCCCGAUCUUGUUCUGUGGUACAGUUAAGAUCUGUGUAUAUCAUCUGUAUAUAUCUGAACCAAGUUGUGUGCAGAGAGGUUGAUAUAUUUACAGAAAACGAUUUUUACAAUUAAAGUUCACAUUUAAACAUGAA